CCGGCCGAAAGAUUCAAAAUUUUGCCAACUGUAUGUGAUUAUGGCAUCUGCCUAUGGCAGGUCAUUUCCUAUAGUGUGGGCUUUGAUGAAAACCCGCACUGUCGCGGCAUACAAUGUCCUGUUUAGUGCUGUGAAAACACACAUUCCUGGUGUCAUGCCAACCCACAUAAUGAGCGAUUACGAGAAAGCACUUUGGACCGCUGUAAAGCAGAACUUUCCUGAAGCCAGACACUUGGGUUGCUGGUUCCAUUUCUCUCAGGCUAUAGAGCGGAAUGCAAAAAAAAUGGGAAUCACUUGUGGUGGUGAUGGAUGGAUAGUUGCAAAAAGAUUGAUGGCCACAGCACUUCUCCCAUACCAUCGAUUGAAGAAGCUGUAAAUUUGAUCGAGGGCUUCGCUCAUUCCUGCAAUGAACCGGCACCAGCAAUGAAGCUGCUACAGUAUUUCCAACGUGAGUGGAUGGGUAAAGUUACGCCAAAAUCCUUCUCUGUCUUUGAGCAGAAUAACCGAACGAAUAACGCCCAAGAGGCACUGAACAGGUGUAUAAAUAGAACGAUUCGCCCACAAGGGAAUACCUGGGAGUUCUGGAACGGUUUGAUGCAAAUAUCUUCAAAAGAGGCUCACUCCUUCUCAAUGUUAAGAGAGGGGAAGGAGUGUGCCAGGAAGAAAAAACUAAAAUGGAUUCUUCAGGACUCCAAUCUCAAGUGCCUCGAUGAAAAACUAAGAAGAGGAGACAUAGCCUAACACUCGCAGAAUUCAUUUCAACCGCGAGUUACCGGGUGGCAUCAGAUAUCGUCGAUGCUGAUGACGAUGAGGACAUGGAAGACGACCCGGAACUCAUUUCUUUAAAUGAGUCGGAGGAAGAAGAAGUCUCAGAAAAUGAGUUAACGGGCAGCCUGAACGAGCUGACGAACGAUGAAAAGUUCCAAAGUUACAGAACAUAAAAUUGUCCUCAAUGUAAACGGUAUUCAUGAUUGUCCGUCAGCUGGGUUCGUGAUGGAGCAGCUUGCUGAGCUUCAAGCUGACCUCACUGAAGCGGCUUGAGGAGGCCAGCGAUGUGAGGACAGCGAUAGCACGUUGUGCUGGAACUGUGAUCAGUACAAAGCAACCCGGAUAAUAAUUCCAUGUGGACAUUGGGCGGGUUGCAUCAACUGCACCACAGCGCUUGUCAGCACGCCACGACACUUUGUCUCAAUAUUAACAAAUGGCGAACAAGAACAAGAAGAGCAAAUUCCUUUGCCAUGCAGGUGCCCACAUUGCCAAUGCAUUGUGGACAAAUUCUUCCGUGUUUAUUAAGAAUUAUUAUAUUGUAUUUCUAUCGGUUUUUCUUUUAGUUUUUUAGUCUUUUCUUUUAAUUAGUCUCUUAGUUUUUCAGUUUAGAUUAUUCUCAAAUAAAUUUAUUAUAAUUACUC